CGGGGUAAUGGAUGCUAGGUGAGAUGAGCGGAUCGGCCGCAUCCUUUGAGUGUGAGGCGCUUCCAUCAAGAGGACCGUUAACUCGGGCGGUGCCGAGUUAAAAUGGUCGAUAUCCGACCCGAAAAGUAUCCCGAAACAGUUGUACAUAUUGCGAACAUCGUCCUACGGAAUCGCGCCCACUUUUUACAUCCCGUUUUAUUGGUCAGUUCUGCCUGCCGAUCAGAGGUUAAGCUGAGGCCAUGGCAGUGAAGGACUGCGUAGAGUCGGUGCUCAAUGUGGGUCUGCGGGUUCCCAGCAUCAUGCUACUGGAUGUCCUGUACCGCUGGGAUGUCAGUUCCUUCUUCCAGAAGAUCCAGCGCUCCAGUCUCUCCAACAACCCGCUGUUCCAGUACAAAUACCUGGCCCUCUACCUGCACUACGUAGGUUACAUCCUGAGCUUGGUGCUCCUGACUCUGCCUCGUCAGCACCUGGUUAAACUCUACCUGUACGUCCUCACGGCCCUGCUGCUGUUUGCUGGUCACCAAGUCUCAAGGGAUUAUGUGCGCAGUGAACUAGAGUCUGGCUUUGAAGGACCUGUCUACCUUGAACCCCUCUCCAUGAACAGAUUCACCACUGCACUCAUAGGUCAGCUGGUGGUGUGUACACUAUGUUCCUGUGUCAUGCAAACCAAGAGGAUUUGGCUUUUCUCUGCUCACCUCCUCCCUCUGGUGGCCAGACUGUGUUUGGUGCCGCUGGAGACCAUCGUCUUCAUCAAUAAGUUCUCCAUGAUUUUCACAGGCCUAGAGGUCAUCUACUUGGCUUCUAAUUUGUUGGUACCAUAUAACCUGGCCAAGACGGCCUACAGGGAGCUGGCUCAGGUGGUGGAAGUGUACGGGCUGCUAGCGUUGGGUAUGUCUCUGUGGAACCAGCUGGUACUUCCAGUUCUCUUCAUGUGUUUCUGGCUCCUGCUGUUCGCAUUGCAGAUCUACUCCUACUUUAGCACCCGAGACCAGCCUACCUCAAGGGAGAGGCUCCUUUUCCUCUUUCUUACCAGUAUUGCAGAAUGCUGCAGUACGCCGUACUCCCUGCUGGGUCUGGUUUUCACCGUCUCCUUCAUCGCUCUGGGGGUUCUCACACUCUGCAAGUUCUACCUGCAAGGUUACAGAGCCUUUAUGAAUGACAACACCAUGCACAGGGGCAUGACAGAAGGCAUCACCCUGCUGAUCCUCGCUGUCCAGACCGGCCUCAUCGAGCUUCAGGUCAUCCACCGAGCCUUCCUCCUCUCCAUCAUCCUCUUCAUUGUUGUUGCUUCCAUCUUGCAGUCCAUGCUGGAGAUAGCUGACCCCAUAGUCCUGGCCCUGGGAGCAUCAAGAGACAAGAGUUUGUGGAAGCACUUCAGAGCAGUGUCUCUGUGCCUCUUUCUGCUCAUCUUCCCAGCCUACAUGGCCUAUAUGAUCUGUCAGUUCUUCCACAUGGACUUCUGGCUACUGAUCAUCAUCUCCUCCUCCAUCCUCACAUCACUGCAGGUCCUCGGCACUCUGCUGAUCUACAUUCUCUUUAUGGUGGAGGAGUUUCGAAAAGCUCCAGUGGAGAACAUGGAUGAAGUCAUCUACAUUGUCAACGGGACGUACCGACUGCUGGAGUUCCUGGUCGCGGUGUGUGUGGUGUGCUACGGCGUGUCGGAGACGGUAUUUGGCGAGUGGAGUGUGAUGGGCAGCACCAUCAUCCUGGUCCACUCCUAUUAUAACGUCUGGCUCAGAGCACAGCUGGGCUGGCAGAGUUUCCUGCUCAGGAGAGACGCUGUGAACAAGAUCAAAAGCCUCCCCACGGCCAGCAACACACAGCUGGAGCAGUACAACGACAUCUGUGCUAUCUGCUACCAGGACAUGAACAGUGCCGUGAUCACUCCAUGCAGUCAUUUCUUCCACGCUGGCUGUCUGAAGAAAUGGCUUUAUGUCCAGGAGACGUGCCCCCUCUGCCACUCGCAGCUCAAGAGCCUACCAGCAACCCCCAACCCAGAAGCCCCUGCAGCCAAUCAGAGCCCUGCAGUGCAGGAAGAAGCACCUCAAAAGCAGACAGAUGACUCUCUUGUAGAUGGUGGGAAGCAGGAGGGAACAGCAGAGCAGGAAGGAGGCAGCGGAGCAGCCGUGUCAGCUGGAGAAACCUCCUCCUCCUCCUCCUCCUCCUCCUGUGGUGUGCCCUCUACUUCACAACACCUGGCCAAGGCUCCUUCUUCUUCUUGUUCUUCUUCUUCUUCUAUUUCUUCAUCCACACUUGUGACUGAAUCACAUAAGCAGUUGCUCACAGAUCAUCUGUCUUCGUCUUCCUCCUCUUGCUCUGGUACAUUGGACAUGACUCCAUCUCUCUCCCACCCCUCCUCACAACCACCGGCCCAGGUGAGCCCUACUGAGCCUGAGCCCGCCCCUUACCUAAACACAGGCUUCCUAUUGGACAGCGCGGAGUCAACUGCUGGUCAAUCAUCAGAGCUUGACCCGCCCUCUUCCUCUUCUGAGAAACAGUCGCCUCCUCCCUGCAGCCUCUGAGCCCUGUUGUAACAACACACACAGAUCUGCAUGCACAUGUAAACACAAUCUUAAUACUCCCAUCUACCAGUAUUCUGCCUAUAUUAUACUUAUCCAGCCAGUGGCUAUCACAUCAUGUCAGACAUUGAACUCCAAUCCUCUCCAUUUUGUAAAAAAACCCAUCUCUAAGCUGAUAGUCAUCACUCAGCAUUAAAAGAAACUCACAUGAUGACAACAUGUUGCCAUCCCACGGCUAACAGUCUGUCUAAAUGUAUUUCCAUGAGGAGUUUAACUUUCAUGCCAGCAAAGAUUUUAAUUUCCAUUCAACAUAAGGAAGGGGAAUGAAGUUAUCUCAUCUCUAAAAUAGUUGGUAGUUUGACAUCAUGUCCACGAAAUGUGAAAUCCUGAAUGAAACUGAAGAACCACAUCACAGCUCUUACAUUGAUAUUAGUCCUAAAAUGAUGCUUAUGUCCCUCGCAUUUCAUGUGGUGUGUGCUCCCAUCAUGCCUUUGUUUGUGCAGCUUCUCUUUAAUGCUGUGCAUCUGGUGGUAUGUGGGUUUUCUUUGUAGUCCUGUAUGUGCCAUGAUCUAACGAGGAACGGUUUGUAGGUUUAGAGAGCCGUGAUGGGCCAGAGAAAACCGAUGGUUGCAUUAGUUAAGUCAUAAUGAUCAUAAAGUCUUUAGAUUUCUCCAUCGGUUCCAUAAAGAUAUUUGGUGGUCUCUGUUGGAUGACAGCAGUGAGUGAAGACACUGAGCAUUAACGGACUGAAUGUUGUUUCUUGAGGCCAUCACGUGACCUGAAGCCCGGUGCUAAGCAGAGAAUACAUGACGUGGUCUAUUUAAGUGUUACAGUGUGAACAAAUCAAAGGGUUCACAGUGGAAGAACUAAUUAAUUUCACGUGUCAAGCUUUCUUUCUCUCUCUUCUUCUGCUUCAAUAUUUGAAUCAAACUUGUUUGGCUGGUCCCAGCAAUCCGCAUCGCCAAAACUUUUGUAUAACUGUUAAAAAGAUGUUAUUUUUGAGAUAACUUUUACAUUACUGCUUUAUUGGACAGCCCGCAGUGCAGACGGACUGAAAACAAGGGAGAGAAAGACAGUGGGGGGAGACGAGACGCGACAGAAGCCGUGGUUUUGUUGAGAAUGUGGUGGGGGUAUUAUCCCCUGGUUGUCUUUACUUCGUUCAUGGUACUCAUCCGCACUCAUUUCCCUCAGCUCAGCUAAUUUAACAUACAUACAUAUAUACAUAUAUAUCUAUAUGUUUAUUUAAGCAGUCGAAUUUACCAUUGCCAUUAAUUCAUGGCAGGAGCCAACCAUGCUCCAUCCAGCUCCCUGUUAAACCAAUCACAUCAAAGAACCCAGUUUUUCCUGAGACCAUCCCUAUCCUGCUGCUCAGUCACUCCAUGAAAUGUUAUUACCAGCAAAUUGAGCCGUUUGAUAGGAAUGCUUUUUCCCCCCGCACAUGUUGGUACACUCUGUCGGCACCUGUGAUUAGUAAAUGGGGCCGGACGGGAUGAAGUGUGUGUGAGUGUGUGUGUGUUGAAGAGUCUGAAUGAGAGACUGACACUUGAGAAUGCGAAGUCCUGAUGCACGCUUAUAUGUAGAGCCUGCACGCUGCCACUGUUACCACAGCAUUUAUUUGUGUCUCCAAUGUGCUCUAACCUUGCUACCAAUUUAAUUUGUUUUGCCAUUUUCCCUAUUCUUGUUUUUGGGGUGGGGGGGGGGGUUGCAUUUGCACUAAUGUCAUUUAUACUAGCAACGCUCCAAAGCUGUUCUUCGGCUGUAAGCAACCAAAUACCCUCUGAAGUGUUUGUGUACGAGGAGACAGCCCAAUCUGUUGGUGUGUAAUGUAUAUAAAUGUUGCUCUGUAUGGCAUCUAUAUUAAAUCAGAGGAGUGUUGAUAUAUAAAUAGGAUCAGGGCUGGGUUCCUCCAAAGCUUCCAUGUGGUUUGAUGUUCCCGAUUACUUCACAUGUCUGUGAACAAAGAUAAACUCGUGUGUGUGAGAGAAGCUUUUGGGGGAACCACGCCUCUGAUGUGUGUGACCAGCCAGUGUUGCUGCUUCUCCGCUCUGUAUGACGCGUCUUUGAGCUGGUGUGAUCACUCUGAUGCCCUCUAAUGUUAGGAGUGGGAUCAGCAUGGUGCCGACGGACAGGAGAAGCUCUAGUUAACCCUCAACUGUAUUCCUUGCUACCACUAUAACUUAAGGUCUUAUUACUAUGAAUGAAUUAACUGUUGACAUUAGAAAGUGUUGGCUGCAGGGCUGAGAAUGAAUACAUAAUCGAUGUAGGAUCAAACCGGGCCAACGCUGUUUAUCUCUGUUUUUUUGUUUUUUUUAAAGAGAUGAAAAGUUUGAUGUAUUUUGCACUUGUUCCUUGAAAAAGAUGAACAUAAGGACUUUUCUGUAUUCUUGAAUGACUCAUGCUCAUUUUUAUUAUCAAGCUCCAUUUCUUUGACUUUGAGUAAAACAAAACACUUCAAAUGGUUACAAAGAUUUAAACCUCCUCACACACAUUUUCAUUGUGGAGCAUGAGAGCUUUGUCGAGCAGAGCAAUCACCUGCACGACAAAAUGUCCCAUGCUCCACACGAAGAGAACCGCCCUUGGCAAUUGCAUUUUAAUUUGCAGUAUUAAGUGAUAAAGCCUGUCAGCUGUAGAUUCCAGAUGUAUUUGCUUACUUUAUACUCCAUGUUGGAGAAAUUGCAGUUAUUCAGUCACUUUUCUAGACAAUGAACUGUGACAUAUUUAAUUUUUAUCUUAAGCUCAAUGUUUUAUUUGUGACUAUACGAUACUUUUAUCUGAUAACCAAGAAAUUAGAUAAGUAAAACUACGCCUCUCAAUGUUUAAAUGCAUUAUUUGCAUGCGUCUGAGAUUUCAUCUGUGGAAUUGACUUCAUUUAAAAAGUAUUAUUUAUUGUUUAGGCAAGUUGUUUGUGAGCUACUGCCAAACACUUGCAGGACUCUUCUUUGCUGCUCGUAACAUUGAGCAGGAAACAUUUUACAUAGCAGCUCCUGUCAGCUGUGAGCUUUAUGCUCUGAAAAAACGGUACAUUUGCAAUAAGUCAGUUCAUGUAAGUUAUAUUUUAUUAUUCAUCCUGAUCAAAUUGCUGUGAAAAUACCACUACAAAAGUGACUUGAAUAUCCCAGUAUUUCUUAAAAUGAUACAGUUAAUGUAUAUUCAUUAAUAAAAAAAAAAGUUUGUAUUGAAUUUUAAGUAGUAAGCAGGAGAGGAUCUGAAUGCAUGUAUCCUAUGAAGGCUGAAGUUACUUUCCCAUCUGAAAUCCUGAUAUUUCUGAGGCUAAAUGUAUCACUGAAAAAUGAAGCAUAUAUUGUAAUGGAAUCUAUAGCUGUAACAGAGCACUCAUAUAUUUCCUGAAUGCAUUUUUAACAAUCAUAUUAGAAAAACAAACACUGCUGUCCAAUGCUAUUGCCUCUGACUAACAGAUGUUGUUCAGGGCAGCUCUGACCGAGAUUCCCGACAGACAUUUGUUUAAUUAUUUUCUGUUUCUUUUGUCUGUUUUAUUCCAGACACAUUUGGGACCUCCUCUGUAAAACCUGACUCUGAAUGCCAGUUCUGUUCUGUUAAAAUGCUCUACGGUUGGUUUUGGAAUUUAUGCCUGACAUUGCCUUGGUUAUUUUACAAAAUUGAAUGUCAGAAAUAAAAUUAACCAUCCGUUCUGA